CGCAUGCUGGAUCAAGAAGAGAAAGACUUGAAAUUUCUUCAAAUGAAAGUGCAACACAGAUAUUUUUUGUUCCCCCACAUAAGCUUUGCCAGUUCCUUGAGGAGGCAUCAUCAAUAUUUGGAGAAUCAAGAUGCUGCGUUAUUGCACGUGAGAUGACAAAAAUUCAUGAGGAGUUCUGGCGAGGCUCGUUGGGUGAAGCGAGUCAAGUAUUUUCAACCCAACAACCAAGGGGAGAAAUUACACUCUUAAUAGAAGGGAAAGCUAAUUCUGUUGCUGAAAUUCCAUCAGAUUCACAAAUUGAGCAUCACCUCAAAGUCUUGAUAUCUAAUGGUCAUAGUCUUUCCACGGCAGUGAGAUUGGUUGCUGAAGGAACAUCAGUGAAAAAGAAGCAGGUAUAUGCACUUGCUCUGAAGUUGUCUGAGAAAAGUAUUGGAGAUGAUGAACAGAAAAAAUAGUUAAAUUUACUGCAGACAAACGUGAGAAGAGCUCGGAAAAGAAAACCAUAUGCAUUCCAGCAGACAAGAAUCUUAUCUGGAAAAGGAAUGCUUGGUUACUUGAAUCCUGGCAAUGUAACAUA